AGAGAGCCCUUCAUUCGCACUUGAACUGUCACUCCAUCGUCUUGAGGCGAUAUAGAGCGUACGCAGGCUAAGAGGACACAGCCUUGGAGCGACUGAGAUCUUUGUGACGGAGCACAACUCAGACCAGGCAAACUCAAGGUCCCUGGCCGGGUGCGGCUCAGCCAAAAUCAGUGCUAUCAUGGAGGAGUUAUCCACGGGAUCCGAGAGUGACUAUGCGAACUCCUGGAUUUCGUGGUUUCUAUCGACCAAAGGAAAUGAGUAUUUCGCGGAAGUCGAUGAGGAUUAUAUUCUGGAUCGCUUCAACCUCACUGGACUGAACAGCGAGGUCGUUCAGGAUUAUAACAGAGCACUGGAUCUUAUCACAGACUCCCUAGAUGAAGAGGCAUUAGAUGAGGAAGGCCGGGAGGUGGUCGAGACAUCCGCGCGAUUCUUGUAUGGGCUGAUACACGCGCGAUACAUUGUGACAUCGAGGGGUCUAGCAAAGAUGCUGUCGAAGUAUCGAAAGGGUGAUUUCGGACGGUGUCCGCGAGUCUACUGCUAUCAUCAACCCCUCCUUCCUGUCGGGCUCUCCGACAUACCGUAUCAAAAAGCCGUCAAGCUCUAUUGUCCGAAAUGCGAGGACAUCUACUCUCCAAAAUCAAAUCGACAUGGCUGUAUUGAUGGAGCGUACUUUGGCACAACCUUCCCCCACAUGUUAUUCAUGGUGUACCCUCAAAUGGUACCGACGAAGGGUCAACCAGUCGGAGGAGCAGGAGGUAGCGUUGCGGAAGUCAGUCGGAACAUGAUGGCAAUCGCGAACUCAAAUCGGGAUGGAGGGGCGCCGAGUGCCAUCGGAAGCGUCAGUACGGCCAGUUCAGCGCUGCAAGCCGAGCGGUAUGAGCCGAGGAUGUUUGGAUUUAGAAUGCACGAGGAGGCGAGAUUAGCGAGAUGGAGAGGAGCUAAACGUGAAGAGCAAAUUGCGCGCUUAGAGAAUCUGGAAAAGAUUCAGAGCCAGCAGCAUCUCUGAUGUCAUCCAGGACUUCUCUUCUCGACUCUCAAACGUUACAACGUCGAUUCGCAAUGUC